AUGGACAGUAACAUACCUUUCCAUUUACGCCAUGCCGCUCUUCGCGCUGCUCACAGUGCCCGAGAAGAAAUCGCCUCGAUCGAUGCCAUUGAUGAUGCGAGGCUACGAGCAAUAGUUUUGACCAAUCUCUCCCCCGCUAUUAUGUCAGUGGUUUGUCUGCACCCAAGUCCAACACCCGCCAAUGAUGGUCCCGACCGCUUUUUCGAUUAUCACCGCGACUUGUGCUAUCUGGAAAUAAUCUUUGCCCUCGCGAGGAAUCCCAUCUGGCACCCUCGUUUAUCCGAGGAUCGCCAUAUCGAUCGGUGCAUUAGCAUGAUUCCAAAGUGCUGCAAUUCCGAAGACUACAGUCAGCAUGCCUUUUGCAUAGCUGGUAUCCUCCUUCGAAUCGCACCUGGACAGACAUCGCAUAAAUCGCUUGAUUCUGUUACAGAGCAGCAGUGGUGGGACGUGAUGAGAUGCGCGUGGUAUUAUCUUCCCUAUAUCAUUCGCGAAACACGCGAUUCCGAGCUCCUUGUCUUCGUGGAACGCACAAAGAAGUAUAUGCAGAUCGCUUCGAAAUCUAGUCUCGAGA